GGUAGGUGUUUCGGAUAUGGCGAUCCCCACUAUCGUGGUUUUGAUGGACGGUGGUUUCAACACCAAGGUAGCUGUACCUAUAUAUUGUCUCGUUCGCUCACACUGGAUUUUCAGAUUUUCAUCACCAACUACGAAUGUGAACGCCAACCAGGAACAACGUGUGUAGGCGAGGUGAUACUACUACAUGCUGGUCAUACAGUCACACUUCAAUCAGACUACCAGAUCAAUUUUGAUGGUGAACUGUUGAAUCUACCAGUAUAUAGGAAUGGGAUUGACGUGAUGAAAUGUGGUAUACAAAUGGUAUUGACUGUCCCGGCAUUAGGUAUUGAAGUCAGAUACGAACCGUACUUUCAUACAUUUGCCUUUAUAAUGCCGUAUGACCGAUACGUUAACAAUACUGAAGGCAUAUGUGGGGUGUGCAACAAUGUUCCGGGCGACGAGUUUUUACUUCGCAAUGGCAGUAGAGCUGGAGGGGUGGCCGAAUUCAUGGCAGACUGGCAGCGAAACAGGGACGACGACUGCGAGUUACCAGUUAAUCCAACGGAGCCACCGUGUCCCAAAAGAAAAACAAUGUGCGACAAACUCUACAAAUAUCCGUUCGACGACUGCCACUCCGUCGAAAACCCAGCACCGUACUACGAGUCGUGUCUGUACGACGAUAUGCGUGCCGUGUGCGGUGUUGAUGGAAGCUGUGAAGCUCUAGCUUUCUACGCCCAAGUGUGUAGCAUGAAGGGUAUUUGUUUGCAGUGGAGGGGAGACGAUGUGUGCCCGCCGGAAAACUGUACGGCAGGCAUGGUAUACAGAGAAUGUGCCCCAGUGUGUAUGAACGCAAUGGACGUUUGCAAUCCAGAGGUGUGCACAUUAGCACCAGCCCGAGGCUGCUUUUGUCCCGAAGAAACCUACGAGAAAAAUGGACGAUGCUGCUCAUGUGAAGUAUGUACUCCCCCAGAACCACCGCAGUGUUCCGAAGGACAGAUUAUUGAAAUUCAGAUUAUCGAAACGGAUGACUGCUGUCCAGAUAUCCACUAUCUGUGUGUGUGUGCUUCUGAAUGUCCGCCUCCACCAACGUGUGCACCAGACUAUGACCUCGUACAUACCUCCGAUGACCUGUGUUGUCCAAGAUACGAGUGUGCGCCUCACGGAGUAAAAUGCAAAGUAAUACCAAUGUGGGAGGAGCCCAGAACCAUCUACAUCAUGGGAUGCGAAAGCGCCCUCCCCGUCAGUCUUGUCGAAUGUGAUGGGCGAUGCAGUUCCAGAACGAUAUGGUCAAUUGAAACUGCAUCAAUGGAAACAACAUGUACGUGUUGUCAGCCUUCAAGAACGGAAUUUCGUACUUUUGAUUUGGUAAACUGCGGUGAAGAAGCCAACAAUAACUCUACUUACACGUACGAACACAUACUAGACUGCACGUGCGUUGCGUGCCAAAUACCGUUGGAACGCGAUAUCAAAAAUGUAUAAUAUAUAACAAUGUAACAAAUAUAUUUAUGUAAAUAGAUUUAUUUAAAUUGAAUAAUAUAUUUAUCAGAUUUGAAGUAAGAAUUUUCGGAUUUUCACCAGUAAUCCUGUCUGUCAGUUAUUCAAAUACGUUAUGUUAGUUUUCUAAGUUUAUCAGAUUUAUAUUUGUCGACAAAUUUCGCUACAUUCGUAAAUUCAUAUUUUAUUUUUUAUCGUCAUAUUAUAAUUUAUAGAUUUGCAUGUAUACAACAGUUGUUAUAAAUGCCAAUCAAUGCGUCAGUGUUGUGCAUAAAU